AUGCAUCACAAAAGAUCUUCAAUAUCAUCUCCUUCCUUAGCAGCUCUUCAAGAUCUAAUUCUCUCUACUCCACCAUCCAUGUCCAUCGCUCCAUCUUCCGUCGCAUCUACGUCCCCGAAUGGUUUUCAAAGCAAGUCUACUUCACCGAUCAAUCUCAAGGCGCUAAUCUCGCACAUCUCCAUUACUCCCUUGAGCUUGAGGGGGCAUAUAGAAGGAUCUAGAAUGAUCCAUGAUAUCAUUGAAGAUAUUUGUAAUUAUAACUUCAUAUUCAACAUUCCUGUAGCUUUCUUCUCCAAGUACGUCGAAGGAAGAAACGACCAGAACAAGACUGCGCUGCUGAGAUCAGAUGCGUCGGAUGAAACUUGGACAGUGAAGAUGGACGGCUUGAAACUCACCGACGGCUGGAAAGAUUUUGCAGUCGCUCAUGAUCUCAGAAUCGGUGACAUCACCGUUUUCAGACAUGAAGGAGAUUUGGUGUUUCACGUCACAGCUCUAGGACCAAGUUGCUGCGAGAUUCAAUAUACAUCAUCUCACAACAACAUCAAUGACACUGAUGAUAGUGAUGAUCAGACCAACAACAUUGUUACAGGAAACAGUUCAAGAACGAGAGUGAAGAAGAAUCCAAGAACGGAAAAAGAAGAUUCUUCAUCAGAUCAUUCUCGUUUUGUGGCAAAUGUCUCUGCCUCGAGCCUAAAUAGUGACCGUCUGUAUUUACCACAGAGUUUCGCCAGGCCAAACGGUCUGCACAAGAUGAACGGUGAGAAAAUAGUUUUUGAAAACGAACAAGGAAGAGCAUGGAACUUAGAUUUGAAACACAGCGAAGCAUGCAUGCAGACUUAUGCCAGAUCUGGUUGGAGAAGCUUCUGCGCUGAUAAUGGGAUGAAACAAGGUCACUACACAUUCAAACUAGUCCAAAAAUCUGGACCACCCAUCAUCCGUUUGUGCCGUGCAGAAGAUAAACCAGACUCAGAGUCAGAAUCAGACCAGUCUUGUUUUGAUGUAUCUGUCACUCCUUCAAGCCUGGAAGCUGAUAGACUGACUCUUCCAAGGAGGUUUGUGACUGCAAAUGGUCUGGACAAAGAAAUCGGUGAGAUAGUCUUAAAGAAUGGAUGGGGAGGACGUUGGAAUUUAGUGCUGAAACACUACGAAUCAUACAAAUGUACUUAUAUCAAACGAGGCUGGACCAAUUUCUGCCAAGUAAACGGGAUCAAAGCUGGAGAUUCCUUAAUGUUUCAACUGGUUGAAACAGGGGAAAAGCCUGUUCUCUCUCUCUGUCCUUCCAAUCGUGAAAAGACUCCAUUAGAGUGUCCAGAAGGUACCGAUGAUGUAAGUCCACUCUCCUCAGAUACUAGCAGUGAGGAUGAUAGUAGAGAAUCCCAAGAAAGUGAAGAGGAGAGUCUUGGAGACAAGAGCGUCUCAGAGGAAUGCUUAGAGGUGAAGAAAAACAAGUAUUGCUCGAGAUACAGAGCUUCAUCUUCAUAUAGUCAAGAAGAUAGACCUGAAUCAGAUCCAGAAUCUUCAUUACACCAUUCUUUUUAUGUGGGAGUUGUCACUCCUAGCCUGGAAUAUGAUAAACUGUAUUUUCCAAGGACGUUUGUGGCUCAAAAUGGUCUGGAAAAAGGAUGCAGUGAGAUAGUUUUAAAGAACGAACGGGGAAGAAGAUGGACUUUAGCUUUGAGGCACUACGAAUCAAUAUACCAAACAUUUACCGGACCAGGCUGGACAGCUUUCUGCCGAAUAAACAAGAUCAAAGCUGGAGAUCCCUUCAUGAUUAAACUGGUUGAAACCGGGAAAAUGCCUGUCCUCACUUUCUAUCACUACAACAUUGACAAAACGCCAUUAGAGUGUCCAGAAGAUAGCGGAGAUGAUAGUAACAGAAGACAAGAAAGCGAAGAGGAGAGUCUUGGAGACAAAAGCGUCUCAGAGGAAUGCUUGGAGAUGGAGAAAAAGAAGAAUUUCUCAAGAUGCAGAGCUUCAUCCUCAUAUAGCCAAGACCAGUUUGUGAGGUUAACUCUUACACCGUCCGUUUUUAAAAGCUAUAAACUGAGUCUUCCACGGAGUUUCACGCGUGCGAAUGGCAUCCACAAGCCAGGGAAGAUAACUCUCUUGAGUCAAGAUGGAGUGAAACAGGUGGUGGAUCUUCUGCAGGAAGAAAGUAGUGGAAUCAUACGGUUUGGGAAAGGCUGGAGAGAAUUCUGUGAAGCUAAUGGCGUAAAGAUGUACGAGUCUUUUGUGUUGGAAUUCCUUAGGGAGGAUGAAGUUAGUCCGGUGCUUAAGUUCUGCAGAAAAGUAAACUCUGUUUGA